GUGAUUGGUCGACGGUGGCGUGACCGCGCUGCCACUUCUGCUCAUCCUCAUCUGCACCACUGAGACCAGAACCAGGACCACCAACACAAGACCCAUCAGAAGCGGAACCAUGUCUCUGAGCAGCGACCCGAACUUCCAGCAGCUGCUGCAGUGGUAUCAGGCCCACGGCCAGAACCUCCAAAUGAGGGACAUGUUCGCCGCGGAGCCAGACAGAUUCAGCCGCUUCAGCUUGACUCUGGGGACGGACCAUGGAGACAUUCUGCUGGACUACUCCAAGAACCUGAUCAACGAGGAGGUCAUGUCCAUGCUGAUCGCCAUGGCAAAGUCACGCGGUGUCGAGGAAUCCAGAGAGAAGAUGUUCACUGGAGAGAAGAUCAACUUCACUGAGGGUCGUGCUGUUCUCCACGUCGCUCUCCGUAAUCGCUCAAACACGCCGAUCCUCGUCGACGGUAAAGAUGUGAUGCCGGAGGUGAACAGAGUUCUGGACAAGAUGAAGGCCUUCUGUCACAAAGUCCGCAGUGGUGAGUGGCGAGGCUUCAGCGGGAAGAGCAUCACUGACGUGGUGAACAUUGGCAUCGGCGGCUCUGACCUGGGUCCUCUGAUGGUGACGGAGGCUCUGAAGCCGUACUCUGCUGGAGGACCCAACGUUUGGUUUGUCUCCAACAUCGACGGCACUCAUCUCGCCAAGACGCUCGCUCAACUCAACGCUGAGACCACGCUGUUCAUCAUCGCCUCCAAGACAUUCACCACUCAGGAGACCAUCACCAACGCAGAGUCAGCCAGAGACUGGUUUCUGCAGUCAGCUAAGGACAAAUCUGCUGUGGCCAAACACUUUGUGGCUCUGUCCACCAACGUGGUCAAAGUGAGAGAGUUUGGCAUCGACCCUCAGAACAUGUUUGAAUUCUGGGAUUGGGUUGGAGGUCGUUACUCUCUGUGGUCAGCCAUUGGUCUGUCCAUUGCUCUGCACAUAGGUUUCGAGAACUUUGAGCAGCUUCUGUCUGGAGCUCACUGGAUGGAUAAUCACUUCCGCAGCGCUCCUCUGGAGGAGAACGCCCCGGUGCUGCUCGCUCUUCUCGGAGUUUGGUACGUCAACUUCUUCAAGGCGGAGACUCACGCCAUGUUACCGUAUGACCAGUACAUGCACCGCUUCGCCGCCUACUUCCAACAGGGCGACAUGGAGUCUAACGGGAAGUACAUCACCAAAGAUGGCGUCCGCGUGGACUACCACACUGGACCCAUCGUGUGGGGAGAACCAGGGACCAACGGCCAACACGCCUUCUACCAGCUCAUCCACCAAGGAACUCGUAUGAUUCCUGCUGACUUCUUCAUUCCUGCUCAGACUCAGAAUCCAAUCAGAGACAACCUCCACCACAAGAUCCUCACGGCUAACUUCCUGGCUCAGACUGAAGCUCUGAUGAAAGGGAAGACGGCUGCAGAGGCUCGUACAGAGCUGGAGGCCGCCGGCGUGCGCGGAGACGCUCUGGAGAAGCUGCUGCCGCACAAAGUGUUCCUGGGAAACAAACCGAGUAACUCCAUCGUCUUCAGGAAGCUGACGCCGUUUGUCCUCGGCGCUCUGGUUGCCAUGUACGAGCACAAGAUCUUCGUGCAGGGCGUCGUCUGGAACAUUAACAGCUACGACCAGUGGGGUGUGGAGUUGGGGAAACAGUUGGCGAAGCAGAUCGAGCCUGAGUUAAAGGACCAGUCGGAAGUUUCCUCUCAUGACUCGUCCACUAACGGCCUCAUUAACUUCCUGAAGAAGAACUUUGCCUGAAUCCUGGCUCCGCCUCUUCCUGCUUUGAUGUUUGCUGGACACGCACCCCUUCCCUCCGCUGCUGCCCUCUGAUUGGCUGAGGAAUCGAGCACCUUUGUGUCUGUUUCACUGUAAAACAUGUGUGUAGAUUAAACUGUUACUGUAGACACACACACAAAACUUACACACACACACACACACACAGUAACUUCCUGUUUGUGUCAUCACUUCCUUUGUUGUGAUCAAAAUCUUUAACUUUAAAUAAAAGAAUCUAUAAUCA